AGGUGACCUGAGGGCACACGGGGGAGGGGACAGAGUGAAAGAGACUGCAUGAAUAUAGUGGGUAGUAGGGCCCAGAAGACGGAAAGACAGAAGAAAGACUACAGGGGCCUUAGAGGGACAUCGCAGAGGACCUUGGGUGGAGUACAUAGCAAGAACAGAGUCCUUGUUCCCCCCUCCGGUUCGAUCUCAUACUCUCUAGCAUCCAUCAGGCCUCAUUUGCAUCUAUGAAUGCUGGUGCUGCCACCUUGCUGCCUCCAGACCUCAGCACUUCCCUCUGUAGAGGCCAUGGAAGGCCACCCUUCUCGAAUAGAUGGGUCUCCAGAACCUGGGCCUUCUUUCUCCACAGGAUCUCCCCCGACUUCGUCCCCUCCAAGGCUCAACCAUUAUCUUCUCAUGGACACCCAGUGUGUCCCCUACACAGUGCCGGUGGAUGAGGAGUCACAGAGGGAGGCUGGGGUCAUUGGGACUUGGGUUCAGAAAAAGUGCUUAGGGACUCUGAGUACAUCUUACCUUCAGCGACACAGCAUUACCCACUUGGAGGUGAAGCCCUUCAAAUGCGACACCUGGGGGAAGGCAUUCAAGCCGGCCAGCCCUCUUGAGCACCACUCCAUACAUGGGGCGGGUGGUAUUUAGCCCUACAGCUGCUUGCUCUGCCCUCGCUGCUUCUGGGCCGAGGACGAGUUGACCCAGCACAUCAGUGGACUAGGGGACCACCCGUUCCCGCAUUGCUUGCGUCACUUUACAGAGCAGAACACAUUACAGAAGAACACUCCAUGAACCGCUCCUGGGAUCCCAGGGGUCGAGGGGCUCCCGAAUCUCUUAGACAUGGACCUGAGUUGCAGACUGGCUUUCAGGGCCCUAGACACAAACCCAGACAAACCUUUUUGAAGAGAGCCUUGCCUAGAAGAGUCUCUGAGCUGUCAGUACAUCACAGUACUUUGGACUUAUGAUGGGAAUGAGUCCUCAGAACAGCCCUGUACCUUGAACACUGGGAGUCCCGAUAGGAGGAAUGAAGGAUAGUGUGGCUUGGGAAACUUGCCUUGGAGGUUCUGGUGGGCAGUCAGAAGUCUCCUUUAUGUUGACACUGGCCCUAGACUGGACACCAACUAAACACUCCACUCUCAAUUAGCACUUCAAUUUUU